AUGAGGAUUCUCUCUCAGCUCGGUGCAGCGCUGGCAUUCACAAACAGCGCAGCAGCAGCAUACGAAAAUCCCCUCAUCCAUCUCGACUACGCAAGCUUCCAGGGUAAAUAUGAUAACACCUACAACCUCAGCUAUUUCCGGAAAAUCCCCUACGCAUCACCACCGACAGGUGAAAAUCGCUUUCGAUCACCGCAACCCCCAGCCACCAUAACAGACGGGGCCUACAAUACCGACCAAGACUUCGACAUGUGUCCCCAGCGCACAGUGAUUGGUUCCGAAGACUGUUUAUAUCUGGGCUUAUUUUCCCGGCCAUGGAAUACAGAAAACGGAAAGGCGAAGGCAAAACGACCCGUUCUAGUCGUUUUCUACGGGGGCGCAUUUAUCCAAGGCAGUGCAGCAUUUACGAUGCCCCCAUCUUCAUUCCCGGUCUUGAACGCAAGUACAUUGAAUGAUUAUGUGGUAAUAUACCCGAAUUACCGUGUCAAUGCCUUUGGAUUCCUACCUGGAAAAGCGAUCAAGGAGUCUAAAACCUCAGAUUUGAAUCCUGGUCUACUGGAUCAACAAUAUGUCCUCAAAUGGGUGCAGAAAUACAUCCAUCUCUUCGGCGGUGAUGCGAAAAAUGUUACCAUCUGGGGCCAAUCAGCGGGAGCGGGCUCGGUUGUUGCGCAGGUCCUUGCCAAUGGACGUGGUAAGCAGCCGAAGUUGUUCAACAAGGCCUUGGCGAGCUCGCCGUUUUGGCCGAAGACGUAUAAAUUUGACGAUACCGAAGCGGAGAGUGUGUUUGAUGCUUUUGUUAACUUGACUGGCUGUGCUGGGGCAGAGAGUGACGGUGUUGUAGAGUGUUUGAAAACGGUUGAUGUGCAGGUGAUUCGUGAUGCGAGUCUUGUUAUUGAUGCGCGAAGCACUUGGACGACGAGUUCUUAUACGUGGGCUCCCGUCAUUGACGGGGAGUUCAUGGUUGAUACGCUGAGUGAGGCUAUUAGUGGGGACAAGAAAUUGGAAACAGAGUUUGUUUGGGGGAUGUACAAUAGCCACGAAGGAGAGAAUUUUGUUCCGACGGGGCUGAAAUCCACUGAAAAUGUGAAUGGGUUUAACUCCUCCACUGAGGGCUUUCGGUAUUGGUUGACCGGCUUCUUGCCUCGAUUCUCGAAGAGCCAGAUUCGUCUUGUUGAGGAUUUUUAUUAUCCGGCAGUCGGCAGUACGGAAACAAUUGAUGAGUAUAAUAGCACAUUCGUGCGGGCUGGCUUGAUCUAUCGUGAUGUUGUGCUUGCUUGUCCGGCGUACUGGGUUGGUUCUGGUGCGGAGAAGAAAGGGUAUCUCGGGGAAUAUACGAUUUCGCCGGCGACCCACGGGAGUGAUACGAUAUAUUGGAAUCGGAUAAAUGCAGUGCAGACGAUCAAUCCUGUCGUUUAUAAAGGUUAUGCGGGUGCCUUUGCCAGUUUCUUCCAAACUGGGGAUCCGAAUGCGAAUAAGUUGACAGGUUCUGCCGAGCCGGGUGUUCCAUUAUUGCAGAAGGCUGGAGAGGAAUUCGUUGUUGUCGAUGAUGGAUUCGAAAGCAUUCGCAUAGACCAACUGAAGAAGAGAUGUGACUUUUGGAGAAAGUUGGGGACGCAGAUUCCAGUUUGA